AUGGGGUGCGUGGGACUUGUAGCGGUGGAGUCGCAGUUGCUUAGUGUGGCGCAGCGGCAUCUCCAGGCGACUUUUGGCACCGCACAUGUUACUCGUGUCGACGAUUGUGUCUUGUUUGAGUUUUCCCCGCUCGGCGAUGGCGAGGAGAAUCGUCUGGAGGAUGAGGUGCAGAGGCUCUUCACGGCACUUGUGCGUGAAGUGACCGGCCGGACGAGCCUUCGCUUUAUCGGCGAGGAUGAUGAAACGGAUGUUGCCUCACUAAAGGCGCACGCCGUGACAUUCGGAAAGUUUAUGGCCGACGCUGUCGAAGUAGACUCAUUGCCGGGGGCGUUGGAAUCGCUGCCAAGUCAACCGCAGGUAUGUGAGAUGCUUGAAAUGCUCUACACAGAUGUGGUUGGGGAUGUGGAGAAGGGGGCACAGCUUGUAACACAAUUUCCUAAGCUGAUGUGCCCCACUGGCACACGGUGGGACAUUAUUCUCGCAAAGUCAGUUUGUAUACAAGUUUAUUCCAGGACGGAAACGAAACUGAUGCCAAAUUCGAUGGAGGAGGUGCUGAAUGCAUCGAUGAUUUCAGAAUCCAUGUCAGUUACAACACGGCCACCACAAGGUUUAUUAAUGACGGUGUGGAUAGAUUUACGGGUUUUAGCGAAUGCCAUCUCUUCCUAUUCAACCGCACCGAUUGAGAGUGAACUUCCGUCUCAGUGGCGCAUGAAAUUAUUUACGUUACUUGAGGCGUCAGAGGUGCUGCAGCUGGUGCAUGAUUCCCUCCGUUUUUAUUGGAACCGUAACCCGCGGAACGAGCGCACAAAGGUGAAUGCCACCUCUCUGUUAUACAUUGUGUCAGGUGAUCUUCGUGGAUACAUCCAGGGGCAAAUUAUGCUCGAGAGCUCCGACUGGCGUGGGCCUUGGCGCAUGAACUUGGAGCACCUUGAGAAGGCGCUGGCGUUGAUCACGCAGUGGAAAAAGAUAACGCAUACGCUUCUCAAGGAGGAGUGGGUAGACUGGGAUGGAGGCAAGUUUCAGGAUAAGACACUUGAAAAGUUCUUUGGACGCCUUCGAGACGUUGUCUACAUACGACAGCUGAUAGCAAGUGCGUCGAAACUUACCCAGGGAAAGAUGGAGAACACCAUUGCACCGGAGAUUAUUUUCGAGGGGGAAAGCCUUACGGACAGUAAGCGAACACCCGAUGAGCGGUGGGUAGAGUGCAGAGAAAAGUUUGAAAAGGAAUUUUCAUUCCUGGAAGACAACUUACGAGGGCGUGUGAGGCAAUUGUUCGCCAGCCAGCAGCAAGAAUCCAAUGGUUUGAUUCGUUUGCUGCAGCAGCAUCGAGAACUGCUUCGGAGGGAAAGCAUUCAGAGUGGUAUCCCAAAGGAGCUGGAGGCUGUGAGAGAGUUUUUAAUUCAACAAAUAGGAAAUGUGCGUGGUCGCUAUGAGAACAGCAAGCGUCGAGCCACAACAGAUCUCCAAACGUUACGGUUACUGAAGAGCUGUCAGGCAGAGUGCGCGGAGGUGCCGGAGACCGCGGCAAAAUUGUUUGGGCCCUCAGAAAACCUUGAGAAAGUGCUCGAGUCGGCACGUGCCCUUAUGCAGGAGACACAGGAAGGUGAGCAAGAUGUGCUGGCCUCGUGGAAGCAAACGAUGGAGGCACAGUGUAAGAAAGUUAUGGAUCUUCCAGACGCGGUUGUCAUUCAUGGGGUUAGUAAUGAUUAUAUCGUGUGUACGUUGCACGCGUCAGUUAAGCAACUCCUUCAGGAAUAUCACAAUCUGCGCAGUUUGUGGGGUGGUGGCGAUGACCCCAACAAAAUGGCUGUGGAUGCUGAGGAGAACACGGAUGGAAGACGACGAGGCAGCAAUGUCAGCAACGGCAGCAACAGCAGCAGGAAUGAGAAUACCACUCCUCGUCAUACCAACAACUUCAACGGGAGGAUCCCGGGUGACAUGAAGUCAUUACUUAGUGAAGAGGUGGUACGUACAAUUAAUUUGUGCGAACGACUUAUGAAAGUCGCGACACGGACGAUGCAAAUAGUGAGUAACUACAACACCGUACAACGGCAAAUGCUGCACUGCACCCGCCCGAUAUUGGACACUGCGUCAACACAUGUGCGGGCACAUGUUUUUUACGGAGGCACAGAGAGUCGUGUCAUUCCGCUUGCCAACUAUCAUGAACUGGAUGCAAUUAACACGCGGUUUCAAAACGCCGUGGGGGCUCUCAGUAACGACAAUCGAAGCAUUCGCCGGUUCCACUGCGAUUUUAUUAGUCAAGUGAUUGCACUCCAUAAUGUUGACCUUGCACGACACAUGGAUCAGUGGCGAAGCGCCGUGGAUGGCAUGCGAACCUCCUUUGUGGAAUUCCUUAACACUCACCGCUUUGCCAAUUAUAACACCUGGCGGCGACACCUUGACGCUCAAAUUUACAAGGCGCUGGAGCACCAAUAUCAACGAGGCUUAGAAACCUUGCAUGAGAAGAUGGAUGAAUUUAAGGUGGAACUUGUCUUCAAGCAAGGUCAAGUGCAUUUUAAACCGACCUUAGAGGCGAUGCGAGAGGCGUAUUACGUUAAAUUGCGAGAGUUUGUGGGUGUGCCGCUACGAUUUCGUGGAUUACAACAAAAACGGGAAGCUGGUGGGUCAUACGAAAUGUAUGAAAUUAUGCCACUUGUGAAUAAGGAUCGCCUUGUCACUGUUCACCUCAAGGCGUUGGACCUGUUUGCAAAACUUGCCCGCCUGCGGAAGGCACUUCAGGCUCAUAUGGUGGUUGGAGCAUGUGGUGUCAACGGUGCCCCAGACAUUGACACGGUGGUGGAGGAGUUCUGCAAAACUCUGUCGCACUUUGUGGACGGUUUUAGGAUUGUCAAGGAGCAGGCACAAAAGCUUCAGUGUAUUGAAAACAGCAUAAAGGUAGACUGCUUUACGGUAAGCGCUAUUCCUGCGAAGGCGAGCAUGGAGGAACAGCUUCAUCGUCUUGAGGAGUCGUUGCUGAAUGCGAUGCGUAAGAAGAUACGUAAAUCUUUGGUAGAGGUUGAUGACUUUGUGUUUAAUGCCUCUAACAUCAUCACGCGGCAACCCACAACGAUGGAUGAGGUGGGGCUGGCAAAUAAGGCGUACUUUGAGUUUGUGGAAACCAUGCCAUCUUACCAGGUGAAGUUCACAGAGGUGGAGGAGAUGAACCGCGUGCUUCGUCAGCAGUCUGGCAGGGCAAUCGACGUCAGCGCCACAAAAUCGCGUUGGGAACAUUUAUCGGAGGCAAUGGCGUCGCACCACAAAAUCAUUGAUGCUUCCGUGUCAAAGAUGCGGGUCUCAUUGGACAGUAUGAUUCAAAAACAUCUUAAGGAUGGUCAACGCUUUACAAACAAGUGGGAGAGGCAGAAACACCAACUGAUCGUUGCCUUCAAGGAGAACAAGAUGGAACUCAUUAACAAGACAUUGGCCACCCUGAAGGAUGAGUUUCAGGAGCUGGAGGAGUUGAAGGUGCAAGGACGUGAUCUUGAGUCUAAGUGUGAGUACUUUAAACUCCCACCCCCCAACUUUUACCAGAUUGCGCUCACUGUGGAGGAUGUGACAGAAACAGCUGCCAUGUGGGAACUUUACGAAAACUUUAGGGAAAACCUACAUGUACUACGCAAAGAAGACUGGCUGACGUUUCGCUCCCACAUAUACUUAUUUGAGGACAUCAUUAAAGAGUGGCGAGCCAAGCUCUCGGCAGAAGAUAUCCCCAAAAACGACAGCAGUGUGAGCGGUGUUAUUGUUGAUUACCUGGAUAACCUACUUAAGGAGUGGUCCACGCUUCUUCCCCUCCUACGCUUUGUGCGUGGUGAGGGCAUGAUGACGGAACACUGGAACGAAAUGUUCCGUUUACUCGGGAUUGAAAAGGGUAUGAAGAGCUCGGAACUCACCUUUGGCGACAUUCUUGACCACUACAAGCAGAUCAUCGCCAAAGAAGCUGAGCUGAAGCAACUACACGUAAGAGCCCAAGGUGAGGUCCAGAUACGUUCCGCCUUGCAAGAUAUGCGGGUCUGGGCGUUGGAGGCGGUUUUUACGCUUAUGACUCCCACGGAUGCAUCGAUGCCUGAGGAGGUGAAACUCAUCACGGAAUGGAAGGAUACGUUGACUCAAGUAAGCGACAACCAGGCCCUCAUUAAUUCGCUUAAAGACAGUCCCUUCUUUCCUCACUUUGCGGAUGAGGUUUCUGGCUGGGAAAUGAAGCUUGCAGCCCUCGCCGAGACACUAGGUCUGAUGAACACCAUUCAACGAAAAUGGACAUAUCUUGAGCCUCUCUUUGCUCGUGGUGCCCUGCCACAGGAGCAAGCCAGGUUUAGGCGAGUGGAUAAAGAGUUUGUGGCCAUUAUGCGAGAGGUAGAGGCGGAUCCACGUGUGAUGAGCAUUGGCUCUCAAACCGACAUUGUGGAUCGCUUGAAGAGUAUUUUGGAGCAAAUUGAACGCUGUCAAAAGUCUUUGAUAGAGUUUUUGGAGGCAAAGCGUGAGCGAUUUCCACGCUUCUACUUUAUCAGCGAUGAAGACAUGUUGGAGAUUCUUGGACACGGCAAAAACCCCUCUGUGAUUCAAACACACCUAAAGAAGCUUUUUAUGGGCAUCCACUCCGUCGUGUUUAGUGUCGAUGAGAAGGCGAUUACGCAUAUGGUCUCUGCAGACAGGGAGGAAGUACAACUUGUGGAGCAAAUAUCGAUAGCUGACGAUGACGAUGUGGAAAAGUGGUUGUGCCCUUUGGAUGCUCAAAUGCGAGAAACAUUGCGGAGUCGUCUUAUAAAUUGUGUAAAGGUCGAAGAUGUGGCGGCGCCAAUCGUGAUGGAUGUGUUUCCAUCACAGAUUCUUCAGGUGGCACAACAAGUGCAGUUUACGGCGGUUGUAGAGGAAGCAAUUGAGUCGGGGACACUUGCCAAAUUGGUUAAGGGCUUUCGGAGUAGACUCGCUAGUCUGACGGAAGUCUUUAGAGGGGAGAAUCAGGUGCUCACGCUUAAAGUUAAGUCUCUUAUUCUUGAUGUGAUUCACAACAUUGAAAUUGUGGAUCUACUACACACAAAGGGUGUCCGUUCACUAGACUCGUGGUGGUGGCAGAAGCAGUUGAGAUAUUACAUGCCGGACGGUUCCCGGUGUGUUGUCGCCAUGAUGGAUACGACGUUUUUGUACACCUACGAAUACCAAGGCAACGCUCCAAAACUGGUGCAUACUCCCUUGAUAGACAAGUGUUAUUUGGUGCUUACAAAAGGCAUGGGACUCGGCUAUGGCGGUAACCCGUACGGACCUGCUGGCACAGGUAAGACAGAAUCAGUCAAGGCACUUGGAUCUGCUUUAGGGAGACAGGUUCUUGUCUUUAACUGUGAUGAGGGCAUUGAUUUCAAAGCUAUGGGUCGGAUUUUCAUUGGCAUCGUAACCUGUGGGGCAUGGGGCUGCUUUGAUGAAUUUAACCGUCUCAAAAUAGAUCAAUUAUCCGCGCUUUCGCAAAUGAUUCAAGUGAUUCAAGAGGCACUGAAGAACCGUGAGCCCUCAUGUACGUUGCUUCAUCGUUCCAUUCAAGUGAAUGAAAACGCCGGUAUUUUUGUUACGCUUAACCCCACUGGGAAGGGGUACGGUGGGCGAACAAAACUGCCGGAUAACUUGAAGCAGCUUUUUCGUGAGGUGGCUAUGAGUGUGCCAGACAAUGAGUUGAUCACCGCCACAUUGUUGUUUUCCGAGGGUUUUAAUCAUGCCAGACCUCUUUCCAAAAAGAUUGUGGAACUUUACCGCCUUUGUGAGCAGCUACUGACGAAGCAGCAACACUAUGAUUGGGGGUUGCGUUCCCUUAAGGCUGUGUUGUGUCUGGCGGGGACCCUAAUGCAUACAUGGAAGGAGGAAAAUCAAGGGAAAGAAACCAACGAAGAGGAGGAGGCAGAACUUAUUUUACAGGCUUUAAAUACCAAUACGCUGAGCAAGCUUACCCCGGAUGAUGCAAAUUUGUUUAAAGGAAUAAUGGCAGACAUGUUUCCUGGGGUUACGUCUCGUGAACUCACACAUGGUGAACUUCAUUCAGCUGUUGAAGAGGCCGUACAAACGUUGGGACUGCAACUUAUCCCGGCACAGAUAAGCAAGGUGCUGCAGCUACACGAAGCUUUGAAGCAGCGCAUGGGUGUGGUGUUAGUUGGACCAAGUGGCAGUGGCAAGAGUACCUUGCUGCAUGUUCUUCGAAAAGCAUUACAAAUUCUUCAUAUUGAGGUACCUCUUUACGCUAUGAAUCCGAAGGCGGUUUCGCGUCACCAGCUUCUUGGAUAUAUGGACCCAGACACACGAGAAUGGUACGAUGGCGUGCUUUCCGCUGCUGCACGAGAGGUGGUGAGGUGUCCUAAAGAGCAUCGACCUUGGAUCUUGUGCGAUGGCGACAUUGACCCAGAAUGGGUUGAGUCGUUGAACUCUGUGUUGGAUGAUAACAAGCUGCUUACCCUUCCAAAUGGUGUUCGCAUUCAAUUUGGAAGAAACGUGAACUUUAUUUUUGAAACUCACAGUUUAGCGUAUGCGUCACCUGCCACUGUCUCCCGCAUGGGUGUGAUUUUGUGUUCCGCCAAGGAUGUCAGCCUUGAAUGUGUAGUGCAGUCGUUUUUAGGGAAACAAACACCUGAAUGCAGGGAAAUUUUGGGUCCUCUUAUUAAGAGAUACGCUAUUCCGGCUGUGGAGAAGGCUUUAGAGUUGGGCGCUCUUAUUUUACCUACUACGCCUCUAGGCAUGAUCAACUGCUGUCUUGCACAUGUGUUGCACACUAUUAACGAGAAGGAUUUUGUUUUCGUCCUUAUGCGAGGUUUGUGUGGGAUGCUGCAUCCACAGGGUGCUAAUCAGAUCUCUGCCAUGUUGUACGAACUUAGCCAACUAAGCCCCAUUUCCAGCAAACACCCUUUUGAUACGUUUUACGAUCGUGAGAAUAAACGGAUUGCUGAGUUCACUGCUGAUCUGCGCGUCGAUGGCUCUUCUGAUGCGCUUUUCAGCACAGAGGCUGUGAUUUACACCACGGAUGUGCAGCGCCUCUUGAUGAUGCUUGAACCACUUGUGGAUGACGCCAACUUCCGGCCAUUCUUUCUUAUCGGGCAUGAGGGUUGCGGAAAGAGUAUCAUCCUACGACAAUGCUUUUUGCGAUACCCCGGCAUAAAGACGACUGUACUUCACUGCAGCGCGCAAACCACAUCAAUUCAUCUUAUACAGAAGCUAGAACAGCUAUGCACCCUUUCCAGUAUUAAUGCAGGCCAUGUCUACCGACCAAAGGAGGGUGAACGACUCGUAGUGAUUUUGAAGAAUGUGAAUCUUCCUAAGCCGGAUAAGUAUGGCACAGUAGAACUCCAUGCAUUUUUAUUACAAUUAAUUGUGUAUCAUGGCUUCUAUAACAAUGAUUUGGAAUGGAUCGGUGUUGAAAAGAUUCAGUUUGUAGCCAGUAUGAACCCUACGACCUCCGCAGGUCGCUAUGAGGUUUCACCGCGUCUUUUGGCUAGCGUGUGUAUCGUAUCCAUGUCAUACCCUUCACGUUCCAGUCUUUCACAAAUUUAUACAGCGUACUUCUCAUUGCUAUUGAAAAACACAGUUAUUGGUAGUGGAACAGAGUGCAAUGAUGGCAGUGGUUUGGCAAAGUUCUUGAUUAGUGUCUAUGAACGAAUUCGACGUCGCUUUGGGGGGGAGGAAUAUGCCCACUGUUUGUUUUCGCCACGCAGCAUCACUAAUUGUGUCACCAAUCUGUUGAUGUAUGCAAUUGAUUCUCAAACGACAACUCUGCCUGCGGCCCUAGCGCAUGAAUGCGUUUGCAUUUUUGCGGACUGCCUUUCCCGGACAGAUGAUCGACGGCGUGCGGAAAAAAUUAUUUCUGAUGUACUUGCAACCAUCGGUUAUUCGAUGCCGUCGAAAGAAGAGACAAAUCCUAUUAUGUUUGUCUCAUGGUUCAGCGAGGUGGAUGAGCGUGGGGUAAGGCCGCUUAAAGGGGUUCCGUAUGAAAUGAUUGCGGCUGAGGUGAACCGGGCUUUGGUGAAGUACGGUCGCGAAUUCAGGGAUCUCAAUGUGCAUAUCAUCCCUGAGUCACUCGCAUGGAUCACACGCAUUGAUCGUGUCUUAGCACGUCCUAUCGGUCACCUUAUUCUCGUCGGUCGACCUGGUGUUGGCCGCCGCAACUCGGUGCACCUUGCAGCGUAUAUGCUGCGCAUGCAGAUUGUGACGCUGAACAUGAUACAAGGAUAUGGUGUUAAAAACUUCCGGAGUGACAUACGACAGUUUGUGCAGCGGGCUACGACACAAAAUGAGCGUCUGGUGCUUUUGCUGGAUGAUCAUAACAUUGUGGAUGAGAGUUUUGUUGAAAUGAUCAAUAGCUUUGUAAGCAGUGGCGAUAUUCCUGGUCUGUUUACGCCAGAAGAACUGGAGACGAUGUUUACUUCGCUGCGGGAAGAUGCGUCCAGUGAUGGGUAUAUUGGGAAUAUGUAUGCAUACUUUUUGAUGCGUCUGCGCCGCAAUCUACGUCUCGUAUUGACCAUGGACAGUCAUGACGCUCUCUUCCUUGUGCGUCUACAGUCCAACCCAGGGUUGCUCAGCAAUUGUGAUUUGCUUUGGAUGGGGACAUGGAGCAAAGAUGCUGCGCAGACAAUCUGCAAGGAACGCCUGAAAAGUAUUAUCAAGAGCAUUGAAGCAGAUCCAGCCAAUAAAGGUUUUCAGCUGCAUCGUGAGCUUUUUGCAGUGCAUGAAACAUUUGGAAACGAGGCCACUCCAGGACGAUUUCAGGUGUUCAUGGAUACGUAUGAAAAAAUUUUGCUAAGUAAGAGUCAGAACAGUGGUGCAGAUAUUAAGCGUCUGGAGGCGGGUCUUGCAAAGUUGCAUGAGGCAGAAGGGAAUGUAGAUGGGAUUCGACGCGACGUCACGCGCAAAAAGGAAGAGGUGGAGGCGAUGCAGCGCGAAGCCGACAACGCCCUGACAGAGAUCCAGAAGAAGAUGGAGAGUCCAAGGAGCAGAGGGACAAUGCGCAAGAGUUACAGGAGAGACUUAAGGAGGAGCAUGAAGAGAUUGUGGUGA